AUGGGAAAUAAAUAUUUUAUGAGCUGCACUGAUUUAUUUUUAAAAUGGCCUGUUGCUUAUGCAUUGCCAAAUAAGGAGGCUUUAACGGUAGCCAAGUCAAUAAUUAAGUUAGUAACUACAUUUGGGUUUCCAUCUGUAAUACUUUCUGACAAUGGUUCAGAGUUUUGUAAUGAGUUAAACAAUGAAAUGUAUAGGUUGUUAGGAAUAGAGCGAAGAGAAACGGCUGUUUAUCAUCCUCAAACAAAUGGCCAAGAUGAAAACACAAACAAAAAUAUAAAAAGAAAAAUAAGAAAACUAAUUGAUGAAAAUCAGUCCAAUUGGGAUGAAUUUCUUAAAAGUAGUCUUGUAUCCACUACGAUUUGA